UUAAAGGAUCUAGCUAUGGAAGAUGAAAAUAAUUUCAAAAAUGGUGAAGCUGCAGCUACUGGUUACAGAGGUUUUGAGGAUGUACAAGUUUCUGCAGACACGGAAGUAAAAUUCGAAAGAAACGAAGUCGAACCCAAGAUUAUUCCUCCACCUGGCACUGGACAGAAAAUAUAUGUACUCGAUCCACUCUUGCAAACUUAUCGUCAGCAUCUUGAUUUCCGUUAUGGACAAUACAAAAGAUUGCGUCAUGAUAUUGACAAAUAUGAAGGUGGUUUGGAGGCUUUUUCUCGUGGUUAUGAAAGAUUCGGUUUCAAUCGAAGCGCCACUGGCAUUACUUACAGAGAGUGGGCACCUGCAGCUAAGUCUGCCUCGCUAAUUGGAGACUUCAACAACUGGAAUCCUAAUGCAAAUGUAAUGACACAGAAUGAGUUUGGCGUGUGGGAGGUCUUCCUGCCAAACAACGUAGAUGGUUCACCAGCAAUUCCUCAUGGUACUCGAGUGAAGAUCCGCAUGCAUACUCCCUCUGGCAUUAAGGACUCAAUUCCUGCUUGGAUCAAGUACUCUGUGCAGGCUGAGGGUGAAAUUCCUUAUAAUGGUAUAUACUAUGAUCCGCCAGAGGAGGAAAGGUAUGUCUUCAAACAUCCACGGCCAAGGAGACCCAAGUCACUUAGAAUAUAUGAGUCACAUGUUGGAAUGAGUAGUCCAGAGCCAAAAAUCAACACAUAUGCCAAUUUUAGAGAUGAAGUUUUGCCGCGCAUAAAAAAGCUUGGAUAUAAUGCAGUGCAGAUUAUGGCCAUCCAAGAGCAUUCUUAUUAUGCUAGCUUUGGGUACCAUGUUACAAAUUUCUUUGCACCUAGCAGCCGAUUUGGAACACCUGACGAACUGAAGUCUUUAAUUGAUAGAGCUCAUGAAUUAGGUCUGCUUGUUCUGAUGGAUAUUGUACAUAGCCAUGCAUCAAAUAAUACGUUGGAUGGACUGAACAUGUUUGAUGGAACUGAUAGCCAAUACUUCCAUUCGGGGUCACGAGGUUAUCAUUGGAUGUGGGAUUCUCGCCUUUUUAACUAUGGGAGUUGGGAAGUUCUGAGAUUUCUUAUCUCAAAUGCAAGAUGGUGGCUGGAUGAAUAUAAGUUUGACGGGUUCCGAUUUGACGGUAUCACGUCAAUGAUGUACAAUCAUCAUGGACUACAGGUAGCUUUUACAGGAAACUACAGUGAGUAUUUUGGAUAUGCAACAGAUGUUGAUGCUGUGGUUUACUUGAUGCUAGUUAACGAUCUUAUUCAUGGACUCUUCCCCGAGGCUGUUACAGUUGGCGAAGAUGUCAGCGGAAUGCCAACACUCUGUCUUCCUACGAAAGAUGGUGGGGUUGGCUUUGAUUAUCGCCUGCAUAUGGCUAUUGCCGACAAGUGGAUUGAACUUCUCAAGAAAAGAGAUGAAGAUUGGAGGAUGGGUGAUAUAGUGUACACACUCACCAACAGGAGGUGGUCGGAAAAUUGUGUGGCUUAUGCUGAAAGUCAUGAUCAAGCCUUGGUUGGUGACAAGACUAUUGCAUUUUGGUUGAUGGACAAGGAUAUGUAUGACUUCAUGGCUCUAGACAGACCAUCAAAUCCUGUCAUAGAUCGCGGCAUAGCAUUACAUAAAAUGAUUAGGCUUAUUACCAUGGCCCUUGGUGGUGAAGGGUAUCUGAAUUUUAUGGGAAAUGAAUUCGGCCAUCCUGAGUGGAUUGAUUUUCCAAGGGGUGAUCAGCGUCUCCCUAAUGGCAAAAUAGUCCCCGGAAACAAUAACAGUUUUGACAAGUGCAGGCGGAGAUUUGACUUGGGGGAUGCAGAGUAUCUAAGAUAUCGUGGGAUGCAAGAAUUUGAUCAGGCCAUGCAGCGCCUUGAAGAAAAAUUUAAUUUCAUGACUUCUAUGCACCAAUAUAUAUCAAGAAAAGACGAAGAUGACAAGAUAAUAGUCUUUGAAAGGGGCAGCCUCGUAUUUGUAUUCAACUUUCACUGGUCCAACAGCUAUUUUGAUUACAGAAUUGGCUGCUUAAAGCCCGGGAAAUACCAGGUUGUCUUGGAUUCAGAUGAUCCGUUGUUUGGAGGCUUCAAUAGGCUCGAUCAUACUGCUGAGUACUUCACCUCUGAAGGGUGGUAUGAUGAUCGUCCUCGUUCCUUUCUAGUAUAUGCACCUGCAAGAACAGCUGUGGUGUAUGCCCCUGCAGAUUAACUUGAAGGCUAAGCCACUGUUAAGAAAACUUCGUGCAGGCCCGUGCAUGUGGGAAGCACGAUAUGUUUGGAAAUUCCCUCCUACUCAAAUUCGACCAACACAUUUGCUCCUCGAGUUUAAACCCCCCCACCCCCCCCCCCCCCGGGGGGGGGGGUUAGCAUAGAAGCAGAAUAUCGAUCACUGUGGAACGCUAUUAAUUUUUGUGAGGCUCGAAGUCUUGUAUUGUACUACGUUCAGUAUGCCCUUCUAGGUAUUCCUUGCAAUAGGCAUUCUGUUACAGUGGGAUACAAGUAAAGUUCAAAAGUACAGUCCUUGUUUUCACGGCAACCUGUCCAAUAAGUGCAACCUCGGCAUUUUGGAAACGAGUCUGGACGCGUCAGUAAUUUUACAAUGAUAUACACUGAGGUCAAAUAAUGAUGAUUUACCGUGCUGAUUUGGCCGGGGAACUCCA